GUGCUGGGCUCUCCCGGCGAGCGGGCGGGAGGCGAGGUCUGGGGCGGGCCACGGUGAUGGGCGGGCGCAGAGGACCGCCCCGCGGCGGGCUGCAGACCUGCGCUCCGCACCGAGGAGUCCCUGCGAGCCUUCCCGCCCGCUGCUUGCUCUUCUCAGCCAUGGCUCUUCGCUGCUGGCGCCGGUGGCACCGGUCCGCGUGGCCUGGGGUCCGGCCGCCUCCCUCCAGGAGCACUCCGACCCCAGGCUUCUGCCAGCAGUUCUCCACACAGGAGACCCCUCGGAUCUGUGUGGUUGGCAGUGGCCCAGCUGGCUUCUACACAGCCCAACACCUGUUAAAGCACCAUAGCCGGGCCCAUGUGGACAUCUACGAGAAGCAGCUUGUGCCCUUUGGCCUGGUGCGCUUUGGCGUGGCACCUGAUCACCCCGAAGUAAAGAAUGUCAUCCACACGUUCACACAGACAGCCCGCUCAGAUCGCUGUUCUUUCCGGGGCAACGUGGUGGUGGGCAGGGAUGUGUCGGUGCCGGAGCUUCGGGAAGCCUACCACGCCGUGGUGUUGAGCUAUGGGGCGGAGGACCACCAGACCCUGGGAAUUCCUGGCGAGGAGCUGCCUGGGGUGGUCUCAGCCCGGGCCUUUGUGGGCUGGUACAAUGGGCUUCCAGAGAACCAGGAGCUGGCACCGGAUCUGAGCUGUGACACAGCUGUGAUUCUGGGACAGGGGAAUGUGGCUCUGGAUGUGGCCCGGAUCCUGCUGACCCCACCUGAGCACCUGGAGAAAACAGACAUCACAGAAUCUGCCUUGGGGGCACUGAGGCAGAGUAGGGUGAAGACUGUGUGGAUAGUGGGCCGGCGUGGACCCCUGCAAGCGGCCUUCACCAUUAAGGAGCUUCGAGAGAUGAUUCAUUUGCCAGGAACUCGGCCCAUUUUGGAUCCUUCAGAUUUCUUGGGCCUCCAGGACAGAAUUAAGGAUGUCCCCCGUCCGAGGAAACGGCUGACAGAGCUGCUGCUUCGGACAGCCACAGAGAAGCCAGGCACGGAGGAGGCUGCCCGCCAGGCACUGGCCUCCCGAGCCUGGGGCCUCCGCUUUUUCCGAAGCCCCCAGCAGGUGCUGCCCACACCAGAUGGGCAACGGGUAGCAGGCAUCCGCCUGGCAGUUACCAGACUGGAGGGUGUUGGUGAGUCCACUCGGGCAGUGCCCACGGAAGAUGUGGAGGACCUCCCUUGUGGGCUGGUGCUGAGCAGCGUUGGGUAUAAGAGCCGCCCCAUUGACCCCAGUGUGCCCUUUGACCCCAAGCUGGGAGUCAUUCCCAACAUAGAAGGCCGGGUUGUGAAUGUACCAGGCCUCUAUUGCAGUGGCUGGGUAAAGAGGGGACCCACAGGUGUCAUCACCACGACUAUGACGGACAGCUUCCUCACCAGCCAGGGGCUGCUGCAGGACCUGAAGGCGGGGCUGCUGCCCUCCGGCCCCAGACCCGGCUAUGCAGCCAUUCAAGCCCUGCUCAGCAGUCGAGGGGUGCGGCCAGUCUCUUUCUCAGACUGGGAGAAGCUGGAUGCUGAGGAGGUGUCUCGAGGCCAGGGCACUGGGAAACCGAGGGAGAAGCUGGUGGACCCAAGGGAGAUGCUGCAGGUGCUGGGGCUCUGACCCUGGACCCCAGCCCUACCAUGAAGAAGAGUCUUGCGCAAGGAUGAGGGGGCCUGAGGCAGUCUGAGCUGGACUCUUCUCCCAGAUACAGUGCUCACUGCCCUGGCCUGGAAGCCGGGCUGUGGCCCUUCCAUGGGCCUCUGAGCUCCGCCUUCUUCAAGUUGACCUUGCCAGUGUGGGUCUAAGCCAAGGAGGGAACCUUAAGCUGGGGGUGACUGGAUGUACAGGCUGACUCCACCCCCCCACUUCCUUCCUGAUGAACUUUGAGGGCCCCUAAAAUGGGAGCACAGCGAAAAUAAAGCAGCUCUACCUAA